CGUAUGUUAAACUUACAUCGAAAUGGCGACCUACAUUCUAUGUUUGACAACAGGAGGCGGAGUUCCUCUGUUUACCCGAAUGUCAGCCAGUUUAAAGCCUUUACCAUUUCCUGUGAUUGGUUCGCUGAAUGGAGUACAUAUGUUUGGUAUAAAUCAGGAUGUAGAAUUGUUAGCCUCCACAACAGAUGAUGCAAAAGUUAUCUGGAAAGUUUUUCAUGAAAGUGUAACAAUGAUAGCGGUAUCCCAAGAUGAUAUGGCUGAUGACUGUCACCUGACCAAUCUUCUCAACUAUGCCUUCCAGAUCGUUGUUCUACUCUGUGGAUUAGACGAAGUUACCAACAUCAAAAAUAUUGAAAGAUUUAAAAAAGAAUUGAAGGUGUGUAACCAGCUAAUUGACAAGUUGGUAGAACCACCGGUCAGUUUCAGUACACUAACAAAUACUGUAGAAACAAUAGCAUCACCAGAAAGCACUAUUCUGCAGAAUUUCUUAGAUGCCUUUACAGAAGCAGCUGAGAGCUCGUUUGGUUGUCUUUAUGUGGAUGACAGGAUUGUUGUGGCCACUAGGAAAUGGUGGUCUUUAUCCUCCAAUGAACUGGUGCUAUUGACCUUACUGAUAUCUUCUCUACAGAGAUGUUCCUCUAGAGAUAUACCUAUAUUCCUACCAGACAGUCAUCCCACUAUACCUCACAGACUGAUGACCUUCAGACUGACUAAAAAGACAGAAGUAUGUGUGAUAUGUGGACAGACACCAAACCUUACAGAUUUAGAGAAUGAGGUAGGAAGAUUUUGGAGGCCAGCUUAUGAUUCACUAUUAUCAGCUACAUCAAUUGUUCCUAGAAACAUCCCUUCAAGUAUGGUCUUAGAUCCAAAUAUACAAUGCUUUCUGCUUGUAAACACAGAGACCAGCAGAUGUCUAGGGAGUGUGCACUCAGAAAGUAGUGGUCCUUUAGGUGAUUUUUUAACAGUUCCACAGAGGAGAGAAGUAUUGUCAUCAUUUUAUAAGAAGAUGGUUGGAACAUUCUUUACUUCAGUCAUAGAGGGUAGUGACACAGGGCCAUUGGAGUUUACCCAUCAGCCUAUGGAAACCUACAUAACAACUGACUCCCACAAGUGUUACGCCUUGCAGUCAGGUCCUCAUCAGUUAUAUGUUGUAUAUACAGAUAGCAUCCCUACCUAUGCUAUGAGAUCAGUGUCACAUAAAACACUAUCUUUGUUGACAAAAGACAAGAACAUCCAAGUGUGAUGACAUAGAGAAGAAAAUGUCAAAAGUACAGUUCAGAAAAGAAAUGUAACAGCAAAAAACAGAUAGAGACAAAGACAAAAGUUGAAAGAACGACAAAACUCAGAAAAAGGCAAAGAGAACAAAAACAAUACAGAUGAAGUGAAAAUGGUAUUUAAAGUAGUUGUAGAGAGUUUAUUCUAAUUAUGUUUUAUGUUUUUCUUUUUGAGUUAUUGAUUGAUAAUUUUGUCAAACACAGACUUUUUUCUUGAAAUUCCAAUUGGGAACACAUAUAACAUUAUCAUAGUAAUUAAACCAUAUUUUUAUGCCCCACCUACGAUAGUAGUGGAUCAUUAUGUUUGCUGGUCUGUGCCUCCGUUCGUUCGUCUGUCUGUGCGUCUGUUCGCUUCAGGUUAAAGUUUUUGGUCAAGGUAGUUUUUGAUGAAGUUGAAGUCCAAUCAACUUGA